CUGUCGGAGAAUGAUCUGCGCGGCCGCUGGCGGCCCGGGCUAGCGGCCACGAGCUACUUCUGCGGCUGCCCAGAGGAGCGGAGGUCGCCGGCCCUGCGCCGUCCCCCUCUCCGCCCUCCAGGAGGGGCGAGGGGGCGCCGCGGCUGAUGUCAGGAACCAUUGAGGAUGCAUAAAAAAUAUUUGUGGACUCAUGAAAAAGGAGUAGAAAAAUUCUGACUUUUGAUCAUCUGAACUUAAACUUAAAUACACUUUCGGGAAAUGGCCUCUAAAUCUUGGCUGAAUCUUUUAAUCUUCCUCUGUGGAUCAGCAAUAGGAUUUUUUUUAUGUUCUCAGCUAUUUAGUGUUUUGUUGAGAGAACAAGGUGAUACCCAGCCUAAUAUUCUUCAUAAUGAUCCUCAUGCAAGACAUUCAGAUGAUAGUGAACAGAAUCAUCUAGAAGGACAAAUGAACUUUAAUGCAGACUCUAACCAACAUAAAGAUGAAAACACAGACAUCGCUGAAAACCUGUACCAGAAAGUUAGAAUUCUUUGUUGGGUUAUGACGGGCCCUCAAAAUCUAGAGAAAAAGGCCAAACAUGUUAAAGCUACAUGGGCCCAACGUUGUAAUAAAGUGUUGUUUAUGAGUUCAGAAGAAAAUAAAGACUUCCCUACUGUGGGAUUAAAAACCAAAGAAGGUAGAGAUCAACUAUACUGGAAAACAAUUAAAGCUUUUCAAUAUGUUCAUGACCAUUAUUUAGAAGAUGCGGAUUGGUUUAUGAAAGCAGAUGAUGAUACCUAUGUAAUACUAGACAAUUUGAGAUGGCUUCUUUCAAAACAUAGCCCUGAAGAACCCAUUUAUUUUGGAAGAAGAUUUAAGCCCUAUGUAAAGCAGGGUUACAUGAGUGGAGGAGCCGGAUAUAUACUAAGCAAAGAAGCCUUGAGGAGAUUUAUUGAUGCAUUUAAAACAGAAAAAUGUACACAUAGUUCUUCCAUUGAAGACUUAGCGCUGGGAAGAUGCAUGGAAAUUAUGAAUGUAGAAGCUGGAGAUUCAAGAGAUACCACUGGAAAAGAAACUUUUCAUCCCUUUGUCCCGGAACACCACUUAAUCAAAGGUUACCUACCCAAAACCUUUUGGUACUGGAAUUAUAAUUAUUAUCCUUCAGUAGAGGGUCCUGGUUGCUGUUCUGACCUUGCAAUUUCUUUUCACUAUGUUGAUUCUACAACAAUGUAUGAAUUAGAAUACCUCGUUUACCAUCUUCGUGCGUAUGGUUAUUUAUAUAGAUAUCAACCUGCCUUACCUGAGAACAUCCUAAAGGAAGGAAGUCAAAUAAACAAAAAUGAAGAUCCAAAAGUAAAAUUAGGAAACCCUUGACAGGAAAACAAAUGAGCCAAGGUAAAUUGUCUGAUGUUGCACUGAAGGACUUACACAUCUCUGACACGGAACCCCAAAACCCCAGUGACAUUCCACACGAAUGACUGUAAGCCCAAGCUUUAAAUGAGCUGUGAAAUGUGUUAAAUGUGUUUUGAUACAGUAAUAUAUAGAACUUGUUUUUAAAGUGGUAGCAAGUAGAUCUAGUAAAAGAGAAUUUGUUUCCUAUUUUGACCAUGUGUAUUAUUGUCACUGAGAAACUAAAAACUAAAACAGUUAAAUUUGCAUUCUUACCACAUUAGUAACACACAGUGCUAAACAGACCUGCCUUAAAAUUUUAGAAGGAAAUGUUGUUGCUUAGCAUUGUUUAAAAAUACAUUUGCAGUGUGAUAUAAAUGAACCACUCAUCUCCACACAAUUGUCUUGAUGAAAAGUUUGCUGUGAUUAUUUAUAAUUAGCAGUGUUCCUUAAAGAAGAUUGAAUAAGAAUGGCACUUACCUUAAAGUGCGUUAAUAAAACUACAUUUUGAAAUUAUCAUGGGCCUCAAUAUAUUUGGUUCUAAUUAAUCUUUCACUGAAUCUGUUAUUUUCUAACCACUCUUGAGAACUAUUCUCCACUCUUAAUAUUUAUUAAAGAUUAUUAUUCUGUAAACAAUCAUAUUAAAAUAUUUUGUUCCAAAAUUUACCCAUUGUUAAUUGUAGGUAAUAAUAAAUUUAAUCCUUUUUUGGCAUGCUUUUAUAUCAGUGCCACUGUAGGAAUUACUCCUUCUAACUACAUAAUUCUUCUUUUGAUUCUCAUCCUUUUAAAAUGAGAACUUGCUUGUGCCUUUCAUAACUUAGUUAAAACUUUUUUAAAAUUCAUGUUUAGGUUUGAGGUGGCUAUUCAACUGGCAAAAUAUUUUGAAUUAAUAUUUUGACCAGAGUUAACUAAAUGCAUUAGAAAGUCAUGUUUAAACAAACUAAGAAAUGUUAACAGACCCAAGUAAUUUAUGAACAACCUGAAAUUUGAUAGUAACUUAUUUUGGAAUAAUUGUCUUGCCAAUAGAUGAUUCUAACAUCACAGAAUACCCAUUCAAGCAUACCAUCAAAAACAUUUCUAAAUGUUUCAUUUUAAUUUAAUCAUUUUGCUUGAACAAUUUUUGCAAAGAGAAUUUUCAGUCUUUUAUGUCUUUAGCAAUACUGAUUGUAUAACUAUUUUGCAGAUUUUAUGUAAGGUUAUUUUUAAUAUUGCAUAUGAUUUUCAUUAUGCUGAUUGUCAUGCCAUUGAUUUUGUUGCUUGACUAAUUUAUAUUUAUUGUGCCAAAACAUACCAUGACCUAUUUGUAUGGUAUAUUUGAGAGACUGUAAUUUCAGUGACUAAUUUGGACUACUCUUUCCCAUCGAAAAACACACUCCAAGUUUUACCUGUUAUUUUAGUGAUAUCUACAAAAUUUCAAGUCAUUCAUUCUGUUCUUUGAACAACUUCUGACUGUGGUGUGGAUAUGAAUUUAUCUGUGGUCCUUCAUGAACAUAAAUCCCUAAAAUUGACUCAUAGGAAAUGAAUGCUGCAAUGAAUUCUGGACUUUGAGUCAGACUGCCUGGGUUUUACAUUUUUGCCCCAUCACUUACUACUUUUGUAACCUUGGGCAAUUUAGUCUCUCUGUGCCUAAGUUUCCUCAUCUGUAAAGUAGGGAUAAUUCUACCUACCUCAUAUGAUUUUUAUGAGGAUUAAGAAAUAUAUGCAAGGCUUUUAAAAGUGUCUAGCCCAGCAUAAGGAGCAAUAAAAUAUAAGGUUUUAUUAUUCAUUUAUCUAUCCUGGUGUGUAAAUAUUUGAUUGAAAUGAGUAAAAUAAUCAAAUCAAAUAACAAAAUGUUUUUGUCUGUUUCUUAUAGUAUUUAUCUAGUACCUACUGUAUACCAGGUACUGUGCUUAUUCUCUAUAUAGUAGUGUUAAUCCUCACUGAUUAUUAUUCCCAUAUUACAGAUAAGGAAACUGUGGCCAGAGAAUUCGAGUAACUUUUGCACUGUUACAAAGCUAGUAAGUAACAGAAAUAGGAUGCAUACUCAAUUUCAGUGUGUUUGUUUGUGUUGGUCAGCCUUGGGAUCAUUAGCAUUAUUCUCAUUUUCAUGUAUACAGUAUAUGACACCUGGUACAUUGGCCAGUACCAGUCAAAUUAACCAGCCAAAUGUUAUACUGAUAUUUAAAUUGUGGUUCUCACACUCUUACCUGGGAGUGCGUUUAAAUGGGGAUUUCAAGGCCCCAGUCCAGGAAUUCUGAUUGUAGCUUGGGCCCAUUACUAUGAAUUCUUACCAGGUACCACACAAUAGUUGUCCAACAGUGGUCCAAAUAACAGUAUCAGUGUCCGAGGGAACUUGUUGGAAAUGCCCUAGCUCAGAAUUACUAAAUCAGAAACUCCAGUGUGAUUCUUCACCCAUGAUUAAGUAAACCCCACAGGUGAGUCUUAAUUACCCUACUGUGAGAACCAUUGCUCUACUGCUUACAGGAUUAUGGUGCAAAUAGUCUUUGGAACACACUCAGGAUAACUGCCCUGUGAGCAAGGCAAUUUUCAAAAACUUCAACAAAGCAUGUUUUAAAUCAGUUUAGUCCAGAAUCACAGUAUAUUAAAGGUAAAGUAUUUAAAGAUAAUUUAAAGUGUCAGUGGGUUGAUUUUGGCAAAAUACUUUAGCUUUUCUAGAGUGAUUAAUAUCAAAGCACUGAUAUUAAAUCUGUGGUCUUUUAAUUCUCCAAGUUCAGUAAAUUCACUUUGGAUAUGAACGGUUCAUUAGUACGUACAUUCAUUAAAAACAUACAUAAGUAAAUGUCAUCAGAUGUCCACGAAAGUGUUACUGAUAAAUGUUAGAUAGCAAAAUGCUCUUUUUAACAUGCAGUGUUUGACUGUUCUGUGUGAGCUAACGAAGCAAACAUUCUCCAAGCAUUUGACAGAGCACAUACAAUCAGAUUUCAUGAUAACAAUGAUUAUUUGUCAUAUCUUUAGAUUAAGAUCUUUGUCAUUGAAUUAUUUCAGUGGUACUAAUGUAAAGGCUUUUGAUGUGUUUUGAUCUUUGACAAUAUCAUGUUCAUAUUUUCUGAUUGGAAUUUCAUAGAAAGGUUUUCAUCCCAAGAUUUGAUUAUUUUCAAAUACUUUGUUUCAGAGGAGUUUCUGUCACUGUAAUAAGAUUAGAAAAUAAAUCACUGACCAGUUUUUAAUCUUUUGAAUAUGGUAAUUAGACUUACAUGUUAAAGUUGCUAUUCUCAUAAUCAUUUUUCUAACAUUGAUUUUUCAUUUCCUUGAGCCCAUCAAACUGUAUUACCAGAUUGUCACUCUUGUACUUGAAAAAUUCCCUCACUGGAUUUAUCAUUAGAUCAUCCUGUCUUUUACCAGUUUUUGCUUCUUUGUAUUUAUUGCCCUUGAUUCCCUUAAUAACUAACCUCCACUUUCUAACUACUCGUAAUGAUGCCUUCAUAAUUUUAAUUUGGCUGUUAUUAAUUAUGAGAAUUUGUAUUACUUGCUGAUAAUUUUAUACCUAACUUUAGGUUUCCCUGUGAGAAGUUAAUAAUUCCUGCUGGUUCUCAGGGUAAUUAAUUGCCCUACUUAAAAAUACACAAUUUUAAACUAAUUCUACAAUGUAAUUAUUGAAAGAAGUAAAGUUUUUUUGGAUCAUUUGCUUCAUUUACCUGCCUGUUUAUAAUAGGCUCCACAGAAACAUGCUUAAGAAAUCUGGGAGACAGCCUAUGGUAUAUUGUAUGCUAAAUGUAACCUCUUGAUUAAAAAGACUCAUUUAUAUAUCCAAGUUGAAAUAAAAUUAACAAAUUGAAAUAAGAACCCACAGAAGUUCUCUUCAGAAAGCAACAACUCCAGAAGUAGCGUUAGAGCUGAAGUGUGCUCUGUUUCAACUCUUACCUCUCUAGCUUUGUUUGUAUUAAUUAAAUCUGAAUAGCCUUGCAGGGCCCUACAAUGAGUAAUCUACAUGAAAUAUGUUAUCAGAGGGAAACUAAUCUUACUGCUAAGCAGUGUGUUGUACUAUAUAGUGAAUGUGUUUUGAAAUUUAAGAAUUAUUUAAAAUCAUAGUGUCACGAAUGAUUAAAAAAAUUUGGUGACUUGCUUAUUUUAAGUGAUCACCAUUAAGUUAGAAAAAUGUGUUUUUAAAUGUUUUUUAAAGUGCCUUUUGAAAAUUUUUAAACAAUGGAUUUAAGCUGCAUAAAAUAAAUUACCAUGUUCAAAA